AUGGAUUGGAACGACUACCACACUCUGGAUGUCAUACAUGGAUUUAUGGAUGACCUUGAGUAUGACUACCCUUCAAUAUGCACUGCUGGAGCUAUUGGGAAAUCACUCGAGGGAAGAGAUCUAAAGAUACUCAAGAUAUCGAACAGUGACACAACCAACGCAUGCGUGUGGAUAGACGCGGGCAUACAUGCGCGGGAGUGGAUCGCCCCAGCCGUUGCCACGUACAUCGCCAACCAUAUUGCGACUAACUUCAAUACCAUGCCUAACAGCGUUACUAACAAAGACUGGUAUUUUCUUCCAGUAGUAAAUCCAGAUGGCUACGUGUACAGUCACACUGUGAACCGUUUGUGGCGAAAAAACAGAGCCUGGCAUGCCGGGGAAUGUGUGGGAGUCGAUUUGAACCGAAAUUUUAGCUCCGGUUGGGGUGGAAAGGGCUCGUCGGGAAACCCAGCGAACGCGUUCUACAGAGGACCAGAGGCGUUUUCCGAGCCGGAGUCAAGUGCUAUGAGGGACAUGUUGAUAAAUACGGGAAUAUCGUUCAAAGUGUACAUCACUCUACACAGCUACGGCCAGGUGAUCAUAUUCCCGUUCGCCUUCAAGGAAGACCUGUGCCCGGACUAUGUGAGGUUGCUGGAAGGAGCUACGGUCAUGUCGAAGGCUAUCUACGAAGCCAGCGGCAAUACUUACAAGGUGGGCAUAUCCAGGGAUGUAAUGUAUGGUGCAGCCGGUACCAGUAACGAUUGGAGCUACGGUGAAGCCGGUAUACCCUUCUGCUACCUCAUAGAGCUGAGGAGUAGGAAGCACAAGUUCAAGCUGCCUAAGGAAGAAAUAGAAGAAACAGGGAACGAGAUCUUGAACUGUGUGAAGGCGCUUAUGGAGUUUGUGGACAAACACCCGGUGGAUAAAUUGAAGAAUAUCAAAGUGGCACCAAUCAGUGAUAAAACCCAAGUAUGGGAGGUAAAAUUUGUUAGGGAGGGGCAAAGAUAUUUCGUCAAGUCUCUGGACACAGUGGGCGCAUUAACGAUCUGGAAAGAAGAACGCAGCACGAUGGAUAUAAUGGUGGAAUCCUCCCGAUCCUCACAAGUGGCUGGUAUGCUCCACGAAAGAGAGAUCCCCUUCUCGGUGGCCAUUGGCGACGUGGGUCUGAUGAUGGAGAGGGAACAGGGCGGCUCUUUUUCAAAGAAUAACAGAAGAAACUCCGCAGAAAAUCGUAACAAGAUAAGACGGCAAUCCGUUACAUUACCGCGAAAAAGAUUUCACCCAGGCAGAGGCAUGGAUUGGAAGAACUAUCACCGAUUGUAUGCCAUAUACAACUUCAUGGACAGCUUGGUCCUGGAAUACCCGUACUUGUGUAGUGUGAGUGUCAUCGGAAAGUCAGCUGAAGGAAGGGAUAUAAAGAUGCUCAAAAUAUCCAACGGCAACCGGGACAACGCGGGCGUGUGGCUCGACGGGUCGAUACACCCGCGGGAGUGGAUCAGCACAGCAGUCGUCACCUUCAUAGCUGACCGGAUCGUGAGGACCUUCAACGAGCAGCCGGAGAGCGUCACUAAUAAGGACUGGUAUAUCCUCCCAGUCAUGAACCCAGACGGCUAUGAAUACACGCACACGCACGACCGCAUGUGGCGGAAGAACCGCGCGCGCUACGGCGAGUGCGUCGGCGUCGAUUUGAACAGGAAUUUCAGUUACGGUUGGGGAGAGAAAGGAGAAGAAGGCUCUUCAGAAGAUCCAGGGAACAUAUUCUACAGAGGCCCUAAACCUUUUUCGGAACCAGAAACUGUUGCAGUGAAGAAAGCGAUCCUAGAGUCGGAUACGACGUUCAAAGUGUUCCUGUCGUUCCAUAGCUAUGGUGAAGUGAUAAUUUUCCCAUGGGGCUACACCGGAGACCCCUGUCCGGACUACGUCGAGAUGCUUGAGGGUGGCACUGCCAUGGCGAAGGCAAUCCACGACGCCAGUGGUCACACCUACAAAGUGGGCAGCACAAAAGACCUCAUGUACUUCGCUUCUGGCACCAGUACAGAUUGGAGCUACGCAGUCGCCAACAUCCCCUACUCAUAUAUGGUAGAGCUACGAGGGAAAAAGCACCGGUUCCUUCUGCCCAAGGAAGAGAUCGUAUCCACGGCAUCGGAGGUCUACAGCGGUGUGAUGAGACUCAUGGAUUUUGUUGACAGACGGUGUAAAGGCGUUGGGAACUGUGUUUGCCCUAAAUAGAGCCCUUUAAAUAAGAUCAAAAUAGUUUUACAAAAUGAAAGUGAUAAUGUUAACUUUAUACUCAUGUGAUUUAACCUUAAGAACGCCAUUGGUUUCACGUAAAUGUAAAAGAUCUAAUUUGUACGUAUGUCAAUAUUUCUACCUAACACGUCCUGUUAAUAUUAAGAGCAAAAAGUAAACAAAGCAAGAUGAGGCGUAAUUUUUACAAUUGCGUUUUAAAAUGUAAUUUAAAUUACGAAAUACAAUAUUUAGCAAAAU